AUGGAGGACGGAAGGAAUUCUGCAGUGCUGCUUAUUUUGCUGAACGAACUCGUCCAUUCAGACGAUGAAAAACCAACCCGCAGAAAAACAAGAGAGUGGAUAAAGAUGAGGGACCACAUUGGAUAUUUUAGUUGCAUCAUUAAAGAAUUGAAGAUUGAAGACAGAUUCGGAUUUAGGGAAAUGUUUCGGAUGGAUGUAGGGGAUUUCGAUUUCCUCCUUAAUGAAAUAUACAAUCUGAUAUCACCGGGGCAGAUGAGCAACUGUGGUGGCCACAGACCAACUAUGGCAGAAGAAAAACUCGCCCUUACACUUCGUUUUCUUGCGACAGGAGAAUCAUUUCAAUCACUUCAUUUUCUGUUCAGAAUUUCUUUGAAUGCAGUAUCCUAUAUAAUAAAAGGGUGUUGCAGGGCUUUGGUGGAUAAAUUAGUCCCAAAAUUUCUUCAACUACCAUCAUCCGAGAAAGAGUGGCUAGAAAUUUCCGAGACUAGGUGCAACUAUCCUUAUGCAUUAGAUGCAAUAGAUGUGAAGCACAUUACUGUAAAGAAGCCUGCCAAUUGCGGCUCCUACUACUACAACCACAAACAUACUCAAUCGAUAAUCCUUUUGGCGAUUGCUGGUCCUGAGUACGAAUGCUUGUACGCUGAUGUUGGGUCUGACGGACGAGUUAACGACUCAGGUGUGUGGAACAACAGUUCCUUGCUACAAACCAUUCAAGAUAGGGCGGUGAAGCUUCCAAAGGAUGAUGAUUUGUUUAGUGGUGUUUCUUUGCCCUAUGUUUUUGUUGGUGACGAUGGUUUUCAUUAA